AUGCAUUUUUUGGUUCUUGCAGGUGCAGCAGCUGUUGCGCUCAUAGCACGCAUCUUAUUUCCGCUUCUGAAAACAUUCUUCUCUCCACUACGCAAUAUACCAAGCCCAUUCUCUGCCCGGUUCACUGAUCUUUGGUAUCUAUGGCGAGUCCAAAAAGGCAGAUUUGAGUGGGACAACAUUGAGUUGCAUCGAAGAUACGGCAAGUCGUAUCCUCCUGUUGUUCGUUAUGGACCAAACCGGUACUCCUUCUCUUCACUUUCGGCGCAGAAGUCUAUCUACGGCCACGGCUCCAAGUUCCCAAAAUCUUCGUGGUACUCUUCAUGGAGUAACCCAGACACAUCGCAGUGGUCUCUUUUUACAGACGACUCGAUCCGACGUCAUAGCGAGAAUCGCCGACAGUACCAAAGCACCUACAGCAUGUCCUCGCUCGUCACCUACGAGCCAUACGUGGACGAGUGUGCGGACCUCUUUAGCCAGCGUCUUGGAGAACUUGCCAGUGCGGGCGCAUACGCAGACAUGGGACAUUGGCUACAGUGCUACGCAUUCGAUGUCAUUGGAUUGAUAACGUACUCCAAACGAUUAGGGUUUCUAAACGGAGGCGAGGAUAUUGGUGGCGUAAUGGCGGCUUUGGAGGACCAUUUGCAAUAUGCAACGUUUAUUGGAAUCUUUUCGUGGUUGCACAAAUACCUCUUUCACAUUCGAAAUUGGUUGGCUGGCCCGACAGGAACAGGGCGAGCAUAUGUGGCCAAGUUUACUCAAGAUCGCAUUGCAGAGCAUCAGACGGAGCAGACAAAGGGGAUACCAGUGGAUGGAGCAGAGAAAGGGAAAACGAGCAUAGACUUUCUGACAAAGUUCUUUACGAAGAAUGCUGACUCUCCUGAGUCCUUUACCAUGUACCAUGUCGCCUCAGGGUGCGUGUCGAAUAUGGUGGCUGGCUCGGAUACUACGGGCAUUACUCUCUCUGCUAUUCUCUACUACCUGCUUAAGAAUCCUCACACGCUUGAGACACUUCGGCACGAGGUCGAUGAGCGCCAGCGACAAGGUCAAAGCAGCCACUUCAUUACAUUCAAGGAGAGCCAAGAGAUGCCCUAUCUCCAGGCGGUGAUGAAGGAGGCACUAAGAAUGCAUCCUGCCACUGGCCUCCCGCUGGAGCGUGUGGUGCCAUCUGGUGGAGCAGAGAUAUCCAAUAUGUUCUUUCCUGAAGGCACUAUUGUCGGAAUCAACUCAUGGGUUGCUCAUCGCGAUAGCACCAUCUUUGGUCCAGAUGCACACCAAUUUAGACCAGAACGCUGGCUUGCUGGCGACAGAGAGAGGCUCGCUAUCAUGGAGCGAAAUUGGAUGCCGUUUGGCCUCGGAGCAAGAACCUGCAUAGGAAGACACAUAUCGUUUCUGGAAAUGUCCAAGUUAAUCCCCAUGCUUGUUCGAGACUUUGACUUUACUCUAGCCAGCCACCUGCAAGCGGCUGAUCAAGAGUGGGAGACGACAAACUAUUGGUUCGUCAAGCCGCGCGACUUCCAGGUCAAGGUCGCGGCUAGACGGCACAAUCAGCAGUGA